AAAAACAACCCACGCGAUCAAUCUCGAUUUAGUUUCCCUCGGUUUCACUUGUUCGUAAAAUUCCUUUUCCGCUCUAUUUUUUUUAGAAAUUUCUUGCUUUACAAAGAGGAGCGAACAUUAUCUAAUUCAAUGGAUUGGGGAAACGUUACAGCGGAGGAUCUGAUCGACGCGCUUCGUGAAGUUGACUGGUCAUCACCGCCGCGACCUCUGUCCGAAUUCUUCUCCCGAUUCACCGUCCCUCGAUCAUCGGUCAAAUGGGAAAGCCGCUUUAAAUGCAAUCUCUACUAUUAUCGAACCAAUUAUUUCAUUCUGAUUGUUCUCGUUGUUGGUUUGGGAUUCUUGAGGAGGCCGGUUUCCAUUUUAGCUGCAAUUUUAACAGCAUUAAGCUUCGCUUUUCUGAAUGAUAGUUUCGCUGGUACUUUUAGUGAGAAGGUGAUUAGAACUGUGAGGCAAUUCUCUCCACAUUUAGCAGCUAAGAUGAGGCCUCCCCUUACGCCUGUUAUUCGUGGACGUCCAUCAACUAAAAGAAUAGUUCACAUAUGUGGUCGGCCUCGUUGGGUUUUUGUUGCCAUAUUCUCUUCUGUAAGUUUCAUCCUUUGGUAUGUAUCCUGUGGUCUCUUGACUGUGAUAUGGACACUUGCUGUAGCACUUCUUGCCGUUCUCCUUCAUGCAAGUUUUAGAACACCGAACCUGAAGGCUCGUCUUAACACUUUCCGUGAGGAGUUUCGUGCAGUUUGGCGCAAUUACAGUGAGCUAUGAGCUCACAGUCUAUAUCAUCUUCAACAGCCCUUCUCCAAUUGAUUUGUGUUAGUACAAGUUCUUCGAGUUCCAUUUUAUGAUCCCGAUUGUCGAUGUUCAGUUUCAGGCUGCUGUUGAAGAUUCUGCGAAAUAAUUUCUUUAGCUGGGUUAAGAUGAAGAAGGCUUCCAAUCUUUUCAUACAACAGACAAGUUGUAAAUUGCCAGGACCUCUUGUCUCUGUAAAUCUGUUUUUAUUCCUUUUCGAAGAGAUGUGGAGGAAUUUUAUCGAUGGCCUCCUUCGAGGAACAAUAAAAAAAACACCGUUCAGAUUC